AUGACGAUUGGAGUCUGGUACAGACCACCAGCGACAGUCCCGGUUGUCACCCUGGACGAUAUGCGUCGAUGGGAUAGUGACGGUCACUGUCUAACUUUGGGCGAUUUCAACGUACCUCUAAACGACUGGAACGGAAACAGCUGCCUGCAGGGAGCUGACCGAUUCUCCAGAGAUCUUGCAGUUGUGAACCAAUUGGCUCUGCAUCAAUACUCCUGCGAGCCCACCAGGAUCAACGAUUCUGCCCAGUCGGUUCUUGAUUUGGUGUUAUCUCCCCCCCCCCUUCCCGAACGUCGGACGUCGAUACCAUCGGCCAUCUCCCACCACUCGGUUCAAGUGACCAUACAACCCUCUUGGUACAUUGGCGCUGUGGAGCUCCGUACUGUUCUUGACCACAUUCCGGGCCCAAUGUCUGGAAAGCGGACUAUGAUGGAGUGA